UACACUAAGUAGGGUAAUUUCGGUCAUUGAAUAAAUAAGGUACGCAGUUUAAUAUAUCUGUUGAUUUAUUUGAUAUCAGGAGUCAAUCGGCCUGGAAUGAAAUUCUUUCCUUACGCUAUGUCAUAAAGUGUUGAUAGGGUUUACAAAGUGCUGAAAUCAGUAAAUAUGUGUCUUAUUUGAUGCUAUCUUUAGACAAUCAGUGUCUAUUGCUGAUGUUAUUUGGAACAUUUAUUUUCUUGAAGAACACACAAACAAACUUUAUGGAGAUAUAACCUUGCGCUUAACAUAGUGUGUUUGUGUCUUAGUUGCAGAAUGUAUCACCACUUUUUUGAUCGGAGAGGAGUUGGCUACGUUGAUGAGGUUCCCACUCGUGAGAACGGAGAGAUGUUCUACAGUCCAGAGCGUGUGUCCAUGAACUCUCUGAAAGGAGGUGGCAAUGUGCAGGAUUCCAUGCUCUCCUUGUUCCCUGAUGAUGACAGCGGCUUCAAUUCCACGUUGAGAUCCCGAAGCAGGUCGGGCCUGUAUUUGUCAGACGAUUACAACAACUUGUCUCCGAGAAUGAAUCGCUCGCGUUCUAUGUCGCGUCUGCACCUGAACGCCUCACAGGAACUUGACCCUGGUCUGACAAGUUCCCUAAGGGCGCGACCCUUUGAAUUGUCCCUUAGACAUCUGAAAGACAAUCUUGACGACAGCGAGAACAGACGCGUUGUCCUCGUGCACAAAUUGAAGGAGGCUCAGGAAACUUUAGAAUUACAAAAUGACCGUCUUAACAGAAUAGAAGGUACUGCCAAAACCAACUCUGUGCUAGUGGAUGAUCUCAAAUACAAGGAGAAGGAAUAUAGGGACAAGUUAGAUCAACUAAGCAAAUCAGAGACAGACAAGAGCUACCUGCAGAUGGAGAACACACGUCUAAGAGAGGAGAUGCAAAACAGGAUAGACAAGUUGGACUACGCCCUGCGCUCUCUCCAGGCCCAACAUCAGGUGUCUGAGACAGAGAACAUCAAGCGUAGCAAUCUCCUGCAGCAGACUACAUCAGCACUCGCACUGCUGGAAAACGAGAAUUCUAAACUUAAAAAGGAUAAGGACAAUCUACGACAAGAGAUCCUUGUGGCCAAGGAAGCCAUGGAGCUUGCUCGGGAGAAGUUUGGACCCAUGGAGGAGGAGAACAAACAUGUGAAAUAUGAACUCGAGAGGCUGAAAGAGGAGAAAGAGCGAAUGUCCCACAAAGCUGAGAUGGCGACAGGCAAGCUAAAUGAGCUGAAGGACCUAACAGAGACCAUGAAGGAGGAGAAUGAGAAAUUGGCAACCUCCUGGAAAACACUGUCAGAGGAGAAGCAGAAACUUGCGCGUGAGAUUGAUCACAAUCAGGAGAAUCAUCGAGAGGCCAGGGCGAGGGUAACCAGUCUGGCCACAGAGCGAGACCGACUGUUCAGUGAAAAAAUGGAGAUGACCAGUCGAAUACAGCAGCUCAUGAUUGAUAAGGAACAGAUAGAAAAGACAAAGAUUGCUCUGGAGGAGCAGAUAGCUGAGCAGGAGGAGGAGCUUACAAGGGUCCGUAAGGGGGUCAAACGCAAGGAUGAGGAGAGACGCAUCCUGGAGGAGACACUGCAGGAGUCAAAAAAUAACUACGAUGACCUAUACAAAGAGUUGUCUAACGUGCGUGCAUACUAUGAGCGAUCCCUGGAGCAGAUCAGCGUACUUGAGAACAACAAGCAGCUGGCUGUGCAGCAACUGGAACUGUCUGAACAUGAAAAGGAGAGACUGCAUACUGACAAUGAUAGGCUGAGAGAUUUACUGGAUGGCAAGUCUAGAGACUUAAAGCACGAGAGAGAGCAACUGGAGGAGGCAGUCCUUGACCUCAAGGUGAUUCAAACCCUAGCUCAGUUGCAGUCUGACGUUCGGCAGUUGAAACAGGAAAAAUCAAAAGCAGACGACAAAGUGCAGGAACUUGAAAUCAAACUGGAGAAAGCCAACCAGGACGUGCGAGAGACGGCCACUACAAAGCAGCAAGAGAUAGACAUGUUGAAGGCGGCCUGUGACCGCAUGUCAGCUGGAGCAACCAAGAAGGAGGCGGAGUUACAGCAUAUGACUGACAGGCUGCAGCAGCUAGAGACACAGAAUGAGCGUUUAAAGGAAGACCUCCGCAGCUACAAAGAUGAGUGUGAGCAACUGGGAGACCGAGUUGAAGAUAUCAAGAAAUUGAAGGAUGAAAAUCGCAGACUCUUACAAGAGAAAGCAGAGAACGAGCAGGUGAUCAAAUUGUUGGAGACGCAGAAAGAAGUCCUGUCUAAAAGUGAUGAUAAACGCAAACUAGAGGCAGCUUCAAGUUCAGAGAAGCUGAAGGACAUAGGCAAGCUCACAGACAAAAUAGAGCAGUACCGUAGUGACAACGAACACCUCAGGAACCGAAUCUUGGAGUUAGAAAAGGUUAGAGACAAUCUGAUUGCCCAGAAAGAGGAAUUGUUGGCCAACAGUGAGCUGAUGUACAAGAAGCCCCAGCUAGAUGAUUUAGAAGCCAAGAUAGAGGAGCUACGUGAGGCCAACAGGCAGCUGAGGGAGAUCAAUGAACAGGUCAAUGAGAAGGCAGAGGCCUUGCAACAGGAGAACGUAACUCUGAAGGAUGCGGUGGGUGGCGAUGGCUCUCUAGUACCCAGGGUAGAAUUGGAGAGGCUGACUCGUGAGAAGGAGCGACUGCAGAGUGACCUUGAACACAUGAGACAGGAGCACGAGAACUUGGAGGAGAGGCAUCAGCGCUUCAUUAUACAGUACGGCCAUGAGGGGUCCGAGACCAUGAAAGACAGGGAUACCAUCAAGAAUCUAAACCGAGAGAAAGAGGCCCUUGAGAAGACAGUGGCUCUCAUCAAUGGGCAGAUGCUGCUGGUAGAGGGAGGUAAAAAGCGCCUGGAUGAUGUAGUGGAUGAUCUGCAGAUAGAGAUUGUCUCCCUUAGAAAGCAACUUGAGGAGGCAGAAAAGAAGCUGGAGGAGUAUGUUAAAAAGGAAAAAGAUGCAAAGGCCAAAGACCCUUCGAGAAUCAAGGAGGUAGCUCAGCAUCCAAGUUUACCCGUGUUCCCAGCAAUGAGGGUUAGGCACCAGCCAGAGGUGGAAGCUCUACAGGAGGAGAUCAACAUACUCAAUGAGCAGCUUGACGAGUCCAAGUAUGAGCAGGACAAGCAGAGGCGCCUCAUUCAGACACUCAAAGAUGACCUUGAGGAGGAGAGAAACAAGAAACCCUCUCAGAUUCGAGAAUUUGAAAAACUGAAAAAUUCUUUGAGUUCUGUUGGGAAGGAAUCCUUGGAUGACGUAGGGACAGAGUUACGGGACAUGCGUGAUGAGCUUCACAAGCUGAUGGGAGUCAUAGAGAGCAAGGACCUCGCUAUAGAGACCCUUGAGAACCAGCUGAGGACCUCGAAAGAUGAAAUCAAAAUGAAGUAUGGGGAGUUUUUGACAACAAAAAAGCCCUCACCAACAAAUGGACCAAUGAUGUCCUUUUUAAUAAAAUCUCAGGCGAUGUCUGACCUCCAGCGGGUAGUGUCUGACCUGGAACGCAAGAACGGAGAGCUUCACGAGAGCGUGGAGGGAGUGCGUUCCAGUGUGGAGGACAGGCUGAUGUCUCAGAGGAGUUCUAGCCCCGCCUCCAGCCCUACCAGGCAGUCAAGGUCCCCAACGCCACGAGCCUCCAGGAUUCCAAGAAAAGUGGAAGACGGUUCAUCAAAGGACACUCCAGUAAACAGACACUCUGGUGAAACUUCUCCCGUUUUUAGUAGACAGUCUCGAAGCCAGGAUCGUGGUAGUGAAAUUCUUCGUCGUCUAAAACCGGCAGAAUCGUUUUUCAAAAGAGAGUCCCAAUCUCAGACUCGAACUUCGUCUGAGUCUGACAAAUCGGAAGGUAUCGAAGUAGUACCUGGUCAAUAUGGAUCUAAAUUUAUCUCUAAGCAAAUGCGAAGAAGUCAAAGUGAGAAAGGCGGUGACAGAUUGCAGAGCUUGAUAUCAAAGUACCGAGGCUACAGCGAAGCAGGCAGUCAGCCAGAACGGAAGAUCAAACCCUUGUCCUUGUCCCCUAGUAGCAAAAUGGGUUUGGUCACAAAGGGGAGGAGCUUUGGCCCAGCAGCCCCUAAAUCUGACAAGGAGGUGAGUGCAGAGGUCAUUGAGUGCUCUGAAUCACGUGUGCAAGGGUUGCAUAAUCCUCUGACCACAUCACACACCUUUGAUGCUUACUCCUUAAAAAGUAGUCCAUCCAUUCUUGCAAAGGAGACUGCUGCUGAGGGGUAUGAGGAUCGUAAAAGUAGUCUGAGGGAGGAAGCAAGUAGUUCUCCUUUGCAAGGACAGGAUACGCAUAGUGCCAUGGAUAAGCUCAGGGCAGAAAGUGGUGCAAAGAUGAUUGAUGCUGGGAUACAGCCAGAUUGGGCCCGGGAAGUGGAGGAUCAAGGGGAUGAUGAGGAUCAAGGGGAAGAGGAUGAGGAUAAAGAUGAUGAUGAUGCACUUGAGGCAGACCAGAAAGGCGAAUCAGAUUCAGAACAGAAAGACAUUGACGCUCUCAUUGACAGUUGCUAUAGAACUCACUUAGCCUUUCUAAGAAAACUCAAGAAGCGUGGCUACAAAGGUCCAAAGGGAGGUAAGAAUGGCGCCUGGCUUCGAGUGACCUUUGCAGAUCAAACUGCAGCACAACGACCGAAAUUAUCUGUUAGCCCUCCAAAAAUUACUAGCAAGAUCAUAGCCAAUCUGUUAAAAACGUCACCGUUGUCAAGGGAGACACAUAUGACCUUUACCCCACCAGAGAGCCCCUUGUCACCUUCUGCACUGCCUGAUAACUUGUGACCUUUGACCUUUAUGCACCCUUGACCUAUAUGUGCACCAGGUACACGAAAGUACUUAAGAUGUAAGCCUGACACGGACAACAAACCAAAUACUUCAAAUCCACAAAGAUGAUGGCAUCAAUAAAACUGUGAUAUUUAGGCUUGGAGGAUCUGCACAGAUAUUUCUUUAUCACGUGGAACUUUUAGGUGCAUAAAGAAAAGUUAUUCUCAACCAAUCAGCUCUUAAUUUGUUGUGAGGAUAUGUUUUACGUUAGGUUUUAUUUUAUUUCAACUGACAAUAACAUUGUUUACGUUACUUUAGGUACUUUAUGUGGGCUAUAUGUACUGCUAAAAGGUUAACGCACACAUUGUUCAGAGCUAACUCUAGUAUGCAAUCAUACGUAUACUAAAUAUUUGAAAAUGUAAAUGUCAAUGAAAUAUUAGAUACCUUGUUGUAACACAUUAGAAACCUCACUGUAAUAUUGGGGUUUCUUCACUGUAAAAUACUCUCAAAAUAGGUUUGGGAAAUAGCAAGCACUGAUGCUGUAAGAUAAUUGUCUAGUUAUAUUUGAAGAAUUUUAAGGUUUCUUGCAGACAGUGAGUUAAGGAUUGCCUUUUUGAUGCAAGUUAAAGUCUGCUUCUUUAAUUAGACGAUAAACAAAAAAUACUAUUUGACUUGUCUGGCACAACAAUUAUUGUAUAAUUAUUGUCUGCCGAUACUUCUUUUUGUACAAGAAAUUGCAGUUUAUUUAAUAAAGUUUCAUAUUAAUGUUUGUUAAAAUAUUUCAUUUUAAAUGAUAAAAAAUUAUAAGAAAAAAAAAUAUUAACUGCUUCCUAUGUAUACAUAACAAACAUUAUAAAUUUGUUACGGAAGUGUUCAGAAAAAUACUGACAAAGAGAUAUGUGCCAUGUCAUGAGCCAUAAAUUGAUCUGUAUCACGUGCAAAAUGGGUCUUAUUUUAUCAUGAUGUGGGUCAAUUAUAAUUUUCUUUUUAUACCAAUGGCUUUUGAGCAUUUGUCCAGAUUUUUUUUGUUAAAUCACAUUGUACUGAAUUUAUGAAUUGAGCAAGUUUCGUGUACAGCUACUUCUAAGAGUUUUGGUUUUCCUGAAUUAUCUGAGAAGUUAAUAAAACACUUUCAGACAUAGUAAAGUUUUAGAAUUUUUUGGCUUGCUCAAUGUGUUAAGAAAUCUUUCCCCUGAAUGCCAGUAAUUAUGUAUGCCUAUGUUAUGCUUGACAAAUGUCAUCUUUCAGAUGUUAUUUCUAUUGUUUUUUAAGUGGACAUAUAUUUUGUCAAGAAGAUUAGUUAUGCAGACAUGUCUUCUGUAUAUAUUUUGGAGUAAAAUAACUGCCAAUGAGUUUUUAAAAGUCUUUUCUUUUUUUAUAUUAUGUCAUGGAUUGUUUUAUACAAUGAAACUUUUUUAUUAAAUUGUUGCUUUAAGAUUCUUUGUAAAGUUUUCAAUAAUUUACAUGGUAUGUGUAUGUUGUAUAAAAAAAGAGUUUAUAGAUUGAGUUAAGAAUGUGGGGUAGCAAUUCUGUGAACAUUCGAUUUUUAGUUUAAUAGUAUUUUAACCAGUCUGUGAUAUAUGGUUUGAAAUGUGAUAUUUGUAUACCAAAGUUUUAUGUUUACUCUGUCAUCAUACUUUCUUUGUGAUAAAGAAAACAUGUGUACUUAUCUGCACAAGGUCCCACUUUGAUUUUCUGAAUAAACAUUUUAGUCCUCUGAUGUUUUUAGUUCAUCUGAGCAGAACGUGCUCAUGGUGAGCUUUUGUGAUCGCCUUAUGUCCGUCGUGCCACGUCCGUCGUCAACAUUUUGCAUUGUGAACACUCUAGAGGCCACAUUUAUUGUCUAAUCUUCAUGAAAUUUGGUCAGAAGAUUUGUCCCAUUGAUACCUCGACUGAGUUCGAAACUGGGUCACAGUGGGUCAAAAACUAGGUCACUAGGUCAAAAAAAAGAAAAACCUUGUGAACACUGUAGAAGUCACAUUUGAUGCCCAAUCUUCAUGUAACUGUGUCAAAAUGUUUGUCUAAAUGAUAUGUUGGUUGAGUUAAAAAAUGGUUCCGUUCUGUUGAAAAACAUGGCAACCAGGGGGGGGGGGGCAGUAUUCCUUAUAUGGCAAUAGAGAAACCUUGUGAACACUCUAGAAGGUACAAUUUUCGCCCAACCAUCAUGAAACUUGGUCAAAAUGUUGGUUUCAUUGACAUCUCAGACGAGUUUAAAAUGGUCCAGAUCGGUGAAAAAAAAAACGCCAGGGGUUGGGGCAUUUUUCCUGAUAUGGCUAUAUUGGGCUAUAGUAAAAUCUUGUUAACAUUCUUGAGGCCACAUUUAUUGUCCAAUCUUCAUGAAAUUUGGCCAGAAGAUUUAUCCCAAUAAUAUCUUGGAAGAGUUCGAAAAUGAUGCUGGUUGGUUGAAAAAUAUGGCCACCAGGGGGUGGGGCAUUUUUCCAUAUAUGGCUAUAGUAAAACCUUGUUAACACUCUAGAGGCCACAUUUAUUUUCCGAUCUUCAUGCAACUUGGUCAGAAGAUUUGUCCCAAUGAUAUCUUGGAUGAGUUAGAAAAUGGUAACUUUUGCUUGAAAAACAUGGCUGCCAAGGAGCGGGGCAUUUUUCCUUAUAUGGCUAUAUAUGGCUAUAGUAAAAUCUUGUUAACACUCUAGAGGCCACAUUUAUUGUCCAAUCUUCAUGAAACUUGGUCAGAAGAUUCAUCUCAAUAAUAUCUUGGACGAGUUCAAAAAUGAUGCCCUUUGGUUGAAAAACAUGGCCACCACGGGGGCGGGGCAUUUUUCCUUAUAUGGCUAUAGUAAAACCUUGUUAACACUCUAGGGUUCACAUUUAUUUCCUAUCAUCAUGAAACUUGGUCAGAAGAUUUGUCCCAAUGAUAUCUUGGAUGAGUUAGAAAAUUGUUUUGGUUGCUUUAAAAACAUGGCCACCAGGGGCCGGGCAUUUUUCCUUAUAUGGCUAUAGUUAAACCUUGUUAACACUCUAGAAGCCAUAUUUAUUUUCCAAUCUUCAUUAAAUUUGGUCAGAAGAUUGGUCUCAAUGAAAUCUUGGAUGAGUUGGAAAAUAAUUAUGUUUGCUUGAAAAACAUGGCUUUCAAGGGGCGGGGCAAUUUUAUUUAUAAGGCUAUAGUAAAAUCUUGUUAACACUCUAGAAGCCACAUUUCCUGUCCGAUCUUCAUGAACUUUGGUCAGAAGAUUCAACCCAAUAAUAUCUUGGAAGAGUUCAAAAAUGAUGCCGGUUGGUUGAAAAACAUGGCUGCCAGGGGGUGGGCAUUUUUCCUUAUAUGGCUAUAGUAAAACCUUGUUAACUCUCUAGAGGCCACAUUUAUUUUCGAUCUUCAGGAAACUUUGGUUAGAAGAUUUGUCCCAGUAAUAUCUUGUUAUCUCAGGUGAGCGACUUUGGGCCUUUCAGUCCCUCUUGUUAUAAACUAAUAUAUGUUUUGAAGUGAAACUUUACAAUUUACGGUGUUCCUCACAAAAGAACAUACAUGACAAGUAUAUUGAAUGUAUAAAUUAGCAUUACGACAUUAUGCCAUGUUUUGGUAGCCCAUGACUCAAGACUAUAUUAUGCACCAUGACAUACUGUGAGAAGUUAGCUGAUUAUUUACCAAAUGUGUUGCUGUUUUGAGCACUGUGUCAGUAACAGUAAUUUAUCCCUCGCCAUAGGUGGAGGGAUAUUGUUUUGGCGUUGUCCGUCCGUCCAGAGCAAUAUCUUAGAAGUGCUUUGGCGGAUUUCAUUGAAACUUGGUAUGAGUUUAUAUAUGGAUAAGAGGAUGAUGCACGCCAAUUGGCAUUGUACACCAUCUGUUUACAACAGAGUUAUGGCCCUUUGUAUCUUAAAAAAUGCUUUUUUUAGUUUCAAAUAUAACACUUUUGUGUCCAGAAGCAUAUUGGCGGGGAUAUCAAUUCAACGAAUUUCUUGUUUUCCUGUGAUUAUAUUUUACUAUUCAAUUUUAACGUUUUUAUUAUUUUUAAGUUUAUUAAUAGGUAAUUCUUAUAAAUUGUAUUCAGGUUUUAGUUAAAUAAAAGCAUAAUACUUAUACAGUGUCUUAUGGUAUGAAUACUACUGGUGUUCUAUUUUGAUCCUGUAAUUUGUCGAACUGUGUCACCUGGAUGUUUUGUCUAACAGUUAUGAUCCUGUAGUUUGUUGAACUUCUUCACCCGGAUGUUUUGUUUAACAGUUACCACAGGACGUGUAAGUCUUGUCUAUAUAACCGAUAAACAAAAAAGACGAAAACACUGUUCUCAAUAACAAAACAGACUUGUCAGUAUUACUUAACAGUUUUUAUAUGAUGUAUUUAUUAUAUGUGUUUCAAUAAUAACCAUGUAAAGAUGUUAACUAGCCAGUACGAUGCUAUACAGUAUUGCCUUAUAGACAGAACAUGUAAAAGUGCAUUAUAAAGUAUUUAUUUAAUCUCUAAAUUUGUAUGUGAUAAUUUAGAAAAUAAAAUAUAUACAAACACUA